CUGCGCAUGCGCAAGGUCCUUAUGGAAGAGGACGAGAGAGGGGCAGAGCGGGCAGUUGGAGGGGCCCCAGUGGCAGGACGCAACCUGAAGGCCUGGCUGCAAGAUCAGUACUGCGACCAUGAUCUGGAGCAGUGCCAGGACACACUGUUACAUAAUGCCGCUUGUGUGGGGGACAUUGAUACCUUGAGGACCCUGUUACAGGAGGAAAGGUUCCUGAGACGUAUCAAUGAGAAGUCUGUGUGGUGCAGUGGUUGGCUUCCCUGCUCCCCGCUCCGUAUUGCCGCCACUGCUGGUCAUGCAGAUUGUGUCGCUCUCCUUAUUGAUUUCGGAGCACAGCUGGAACUGGUGGAUGUUAAAGGCCAAACACCACUGUUUGUGGCCACAGAAAAUGGACACUUGGACUGCGUGCAAGUUCUUCUGAAGGCUGGAGCAGAUCCCAACGGGAGUCCGCAUAAUAGGAGCUCACCGGUAUACCAUGCUGCACGAGUGGGCCGUGCUGAUAUACUACAAGAGCUAAUCCGAUACGGAGCCGAUGUGGAUGUUGACCGUCAGCUGUCAGGUGGUCUUGGUUCUUCACUACCCCGAGCUCUGACAUCAUUAACUUGUACCCCACUGUACAUAAGUGCAGCCUAUCACAACCUCCCAUGCUUCCGCCUCUUGCUUCAAGCUGGUGCCAAUCCUGAUUAUAAUAGUUGGAGCCCAGUGUGUGAAGCAAACCUUGUACGUUCAUCUCCAUCCUGCUUGCUGGAGGCAGUUUUGCGCCAUGGUUGUGACAAGCAGUUUGUUGAACUCCUCAUUGAUUUUGGAGCAAAUCUGAGUCUUUUACGCAGAGAACCAACUUCUGAAGAGCACUCCAGAAAGAAAGUGAACCCAGAGGCCUUGCAAGUCUUCAGAGAAGCAAAAUGUCUUCCCCGGACCCUGUCAAGCCUUUGUCGUAUUGCUGUGAGGAGAGUGAUUGGUAAACUCAGACUGUAUUCGAUUAGCAGCCUUCCUGUUCCUGAUCGUGUCAUACGUUUCCUUCUCUGUGAGCAGUAACACAACCUAAAUAUCUAAUAUGAAUGCACACACAUGUCUUCCUAACAAUGGAAAUGAAGGAGUCUUUUUUUUUUUGCUUCAGGAAGGUUUUUCAUCACUGUGUGAGUGCCUUAUUCCAACACCUUUUUUUAUUCUUACCAAUUUAUUUUCUUAAAGAGUCACUAUACUUCCACACAACUUAACUUGUACAAUAGUACAAGUGAUCACAAGAAACUUUGUAAUAUGGUUUAUCAGUGAGAAAUGUCUAGUUCUCCUGUUCUCAACUGUUUACCCCUCCUUCCUCCCCUUGCUAAUUGCUUUUCACUUUAAAAAGUGUUUUGAAUUCUGUCUCGAGACACAGCAGGUCCACAGGAGAAUCAUAUUGCACAUGUCAAAAUAGAGGUUUUCUGCUUAGGACAGACCCUGUUUAUUCGACUGGUCCUUCAGUGCGAAGUUGAUCAUGGGGUAUCAUGCUGCUAGAACCCCCAGAUAUGUUCUGUAAUCUGCUAGGCCCCCAGCAACCCCUUUAAACUUGAUGCAACAUAAUGGCCCUUAUGUAUCUACGCCAAAAAUCUAUCUAAAAAGUGGUAAAAAUUGGCGCAUCCGGGGAAAAUUGAUCAAAGGUUUUAUGGCACAACAGUGGC